AAACCAAUAUUGAUUGGAUUAGUAGAAUGAUAAAAAAGAAAUACAUCAAUUUUAUUGACCAUGGAGAGUUUGAAAACCCGAUGUUUGCUAAUAGCGGGGGUACCGGAGUCAUAAGAAAAGCCCUGUGGAAAACAAAAAAUAUAGUCAUCAUAUUAAAACAAAUUGUGCCUGAUGAAGUUAUAACAGAGCCGGAACAUCAAGAGCUUGUUAAGAAGCAUACCAAAAAUAUAGUUAUUAAGAGAGAUGAAAGCUUCGAAGAUGGCAUUAGAGUAAUUAUCAUUGAUUUUGGACUCUCUAAAGUUGUUCCGCGUAAUAGUACAUCGCAUCAGGGAAUAAAAGGCCAUGUAAAUUUUAUAGAUCCCGUUAUCUUAGAAGCAUUAAAUGCACAAUUUGGGCAGAU